GCAGAAUGAUUCAGUCUUUGGAGAAACGUCAAAAUGGGCGCAAGCACAAGAACGGGGAAGUUUGCGGUCGGUUUUACGGCGUUUGCAUUUUUGUUUAUUCUGAUUGCUUUCUGCUCACCGUACUGGCUCCAAACCGAUGGCGAACUUGAGCAUCCAAAGUUUACCAAUCUAGGACUUUGGGAAUUGUGCCUGCGAAACUUCCAGGACAUUCACCGAUGGUACGACUACCCGUUCAAUGGAUGCAUGUGGAUAUUCGAGGAAGAAUACUACAUCAUCCAUGACUACAUUUUGCCCGGAUUCUUCAUCGCGGUGCAGUUUUUCUUUACGCUCUGCUUCACGCUGCUCCUGAUGGGCGUGAUCAUGACGCUCAUGUACCUUGGCUGCUCCAGGGACAACGAUCGGUACAUUAUGCUGCUGCUAACGAACGGCACCGUGCUGCUGUUGGCUGCUUUGUGUGGUUUGAUAGCGGUUGCUACGUUCGGUUGCUACGGUGACAGUCGCGAUUGGAUGCCAAACUGGGAGCACAACGAUAUGGGCUGGUCGUUUGCGUUGGGAGUCGUCGGUACGUUCGCCCUGUUUCCGGCCGGCAUACUGUAUAUCGUCGAGGCUCGGCGUGCCACCUACCGGAGGUUGAACAAUAUUGCUAACACGGAGAUGGCCGCAGCGUACACGAUGGACGAGCGCAAAUAUCAUGGUGGACAUACCGAUAUUUAGGGAUUUGUAGUAGCUACA